AUGUUGGAGACUCUUACCCUGGAAGGUGAGCCUAUCUCUGGCAGCGAAAGCGAGGCUGAGGAACAAAUCGUGUCCCCAACUGCGAAAUCGGCUCGUCAAGAGCAAAAUAUCUUCUUCAAGAAUCUACUUACAAAGGCCGCAAAAGACUUAACCAAGCAAGAACUAAGUCGUGCUGGUACGGCAGAAAAUUCAGGGUCUACUCGUUAUCUUCUCACUACGCAAGAAUUCGCUGCUACAAUCGAUGAUCCACGUGAUUACCAGAUUGAGUUGUACGAAAGAGCCAAGGAGGAGAACACUAUAGCGGUACUUGCUACAGGAUCCGGCAAAACGCUCAUCGCCAUACUCCUAUUGAAACAUAUUAUUCGAAAUGAGCUGAUAGAUCGUGAACGUGGUCAACGACACCGCAUUUCCUUUUUCUUAGUUGAUAGCGUAACACUUGUGUUCCAACAGACAGCUGUCCUUAAAAACAACCUUGAUCAAGCCGUCGCAUCGUUAUUUGGCGACAUGGGUCUGGACCUUUGGAACGAAGAUGUAUGGAUGGAUUACUUUACCAAGAAUAUGGUCAUUGUGUGUACUGCAGAUAUCGUUGUCCAAUGUCUUUUACAGUCGUACAUCACUAUGGAAGACAUCAACCUUUUGAUUUUCGAUGAAGCACAUCACGCCAAAAAAGAACAUGCAUAUGCGCGUAUCAUGAGGGAAGGCUAUCUUAAAGCAAAACCGGAAUGCCGUCCUCGUAUAUUUGGCAUGACUGCAUCCCCCUUGGAUGCCAAACGUGACCCGGUGAAAGCUGCCCAGGAACUGGAGAGCCUCUUGCAUAGCAAGAUUGCAACGGCUUCAAAUCUCACUCUUUUGCGACAAGUUGUUGGUAGGCCUGAGGAAGAGCAGUGGAGGUAUCCAGCGCUCAAAAAGCCUUUCAAGACCGCCCUUUAUCAGAUCCUGGAGAAGCAGUACGGAGAUAUGGAGUGCUUGAAAUCUAUUUUCACCUUCUCCUUCGAAGCCAGCUCUUAUUUGGGACCGUGGUGUGCAGAUCAUGUCUGGUCGGGCGCUAUAUCAGAGAAGAUGUUGCCGAGGUUUCAUGGAAAGAUUACUACCGCAUGGAAGCGACUCGGGGGUGAAACUGCAAUGAAAAAGACUGAGACUGAGAUCUCAAGGCUCAGGCAGAUGUCUGAGUUGAUAACAAACUAUGGAAUGCCGAGUGGCCCAGCCAUUCUAGAGCAACUAAGCGAGAAAGUUCGGGUUCUUUAUCAACAUUUGACCAAACGGUUUGAAGAAGCCCCAAACACAAAAUGCAUAGUGUUCACAAAACAAAGAAAUACUGCAAAGUUGCUUGAAGUUGUUUUCAAACAACUAUCUGUUCCGCAUAUGCGUCCAGGGGUUCUAGUGGGAAUAGGGUCGGGAGACAUAUGCGGAAUGAACUCGACUUAUCCUCAGCAAUUUAAGGCGACGAUUGAGUUUAGGAAGGGAGAACUUAACUGUUUGUUUGCAACUUCAGUUGCGGAAGAAGGCCUUGAUAUUCCGGACUGCAAUCUUGUUGUCAGAUUUGACCUCUACGAGACCCUCAUUCAGUAUGUCCAGAGCCGUGGUCGAGCAAGACGUAGUGAAUCUAUAUAUGCCCACAUGAUAGAGAUUGACAACAUGGAGCACGAAACCAAACUUGAUGAGGUGCAUCAGACAGAGGAACUUAUGCGCCGAUUUUGCGAAGCCCUUCCAGAAGACAGACUACUUGGAAAUAACAAUGACGCAUUGAGUGCCAUCUUGGAAAAGGAUAGUAGAAAAAGGCAAUAUAAGAUUGAAAGUACAGGGGCUACUUUGACCUAUCAUUCAGCCAUAAUGGUUCUCGCACGCUACGCAAGCUCUCUGCAAUACGAGAACAAUGAGACCGGUUCACAUCCUCACUAUGUCACUACUCAGAUUAAAGGUAUGUAUGAGUGUGAAGUGAUAUUGCCAAAGGGGUCCCCAAUCAGGGGUCUCAUGGGCAAACCAGAGCCUCGAAAGUCGCUUGCCAAACAGUCUGCAGCGUUUGAAACAUGUAUUCUUCUGCGAAAUAAUGGUUUGCUGGAUAACAAUUUUGUGUCCACUUACCAGCGCAGGCUCCCAGCGAUGCGAAAUGCAAAGUUAUCUAUCACAUCCAAAAAGACAACCCAAUACUCGAUGAUCGUCAAACCUUCAUUCUGGACACAGGCCUGCGAUGGUGUUCCAUGUCAAUUAUAUCUCACAUUGAUUAUGUUUUCUCCAGCUGAACCGUUACAAAAUGAGCGUCGCAGCAUGGUUUUGUUGACUCGCAAGCGAUUACCACAAUGUCCCGAGUUUCCCAUAUACCUAGAAGAGGACGUCGAGACUACCGUAAGGACUAUUUCCGUGUCUAAGGCGUUAUCUAUCUCGCCGGAUGAUCUUGAGCUUAUGAGUAACUUUACUCUUCGGAUUUUCCAGGACUUGUACAACAAGAUCUAUGAGAUGAACCAAGAGGUUAUGCCAUACUGGCUGAUCCCUACGGCAAGUGAUAUUGGCGAAUAUGGUGAAGGAAUUAAUCCCUCAGAUGCUAUUGAUUGGGAUGUGCUGCAAUUCGUCAAAGAUCAUGAACGCCUUGAUCGGAAUUCGGUUUCGCCCCAGGGCUUGAAUGGUCGUUUUGUCUAUGACCCCUGGGAUGGAAAGUAUCGUUACUUUCUAAGAGGCAUCAAUACUUCGCUUCGCCCGUCGGAUCUGCCACCAUCUUUUUUACCACAUCGUCGAUAUAUGGAAAAUAUCAUGGAGUAUGGACUUAGCUUGUACAAGAGAAGUCGCAUUCCAUUUCUGGCCGCGUGUGAUUGGGGUCAGGAUGUUUAUGACGCAGAGUUGAUACCGCUACGCCGGAACUUGCUGGAUAGAUUGUCAAACAGCGAAAAACAAGUUGAAAGGAGAAUGGUGUUGUGCCUGGAGACCCAAGUCAUUUCUGCAAUUCCUGCCACGGUUGCUGCGAGUUGCUUUGCGUUCCCAGCAAUCAUCACCAGAAUUGAUUCCUACCUUGUUGCCCACGAAUGUGCCAGUCUUCUUGGGUUGGAGAUACAGCUGGGAUAUGCCCUAGAAGCCGUGACAAAGGACUCCGACAAUACGGAAGAACAUCGCUUAGAGCAGAUCCAGUUUCAGCGAGGCAUGGGAAAGAACUAUGAGCGACUGGAGUUUCUUGGAGAUUGCUUUCUGAAGAUGGCCACGUCAAUAUCUUUAUUCGUUGGAAGUCCGAAUGAUCAGGAAUUUGACCUUCAUGUCAAUCGUAUGACAUUGAUUUGCAACAGGAAUUUAUUCAACACCGCGAAAGAGCGGAAGAUCUAUGAAUAUAUUCGAAGUAAAGGGUUUUCUAGGCGAAACUGGUAUCCGGAGGGAAUGAAGCUGCUUCGAGGCAAAGCAAACGAGGAUAAAGCAUCUACACACACGCAUGGAUUGGGCGAGAAGACAAUUGCUGACGUUUGCGAAGCCCUUAUCGGAGCCUCUCUCCUUUCUGGUGGCCCCGUCAACCGCUUCGACAUGGCUGUCAAAGCUGUGACCAGGUUGGUCAAUAGUGACCUUCACAAUGUGGAAAGCUGGGCGGGCUAUUCCUCUCAUUAUUCUUUACCAUCUUAUCAAAUCAAAGAGGCUAAUGGAUUCGAGAAGGAUCUUGCCAAUCAGAUUGACAAGAAAUUGGGUUAUCGUUUCAAGUAUCCCAGAUUGCUUCGUUCUGCAUUCACUCAUCCUUCAUAUCCGACUGCCUGGUCAAUAGUGCCAUGCUAUCAACGGCUUGAAUUUCUGGGGGACUCGCUUUUGGAUAUGGUCUGUAUUGAGAAUCUAUAUGAGCGUUUCCCAGACCGAGACCCUCAGUGGCUAACUGAGCACAAAAUGGCUAUGGUGUCCAACAAAUUUCUUGGUAGCCUGGCAGUCCGCCUCGACUUGCAUACCCACCUACAGUAUUUCAGCAACCCCCUUCAGGGACGUAUCGCUCAAGCCGUUGAGGAUGCACAGCUCGCUUAUGAGAGCCAUCAAUCAGUGGAUUUUUGGAUAAUGAUUGAAGAUCCUCCCAAGUGCCUAUCGGAUAUGGUAGAAGCUUACCUAGGGGCUAUUUUUGUCGACUCCGGGUUCGAUUUUGGAGUCAUCGAGAGCUUUUACGCCAAGCAUAUCAAACCCUACUUCGAGGACAUGUCCCUCUAUGACACUUUUGCGAACAAACAUCCCACGACGUUUCUUCACGGAAAACUGACAGAUGAUUUCGGCUGCAUACAAUAUACCUUGAAAGCAGCCGAAAUCCCGUCCGUAGACGGGGCUCCUACGGUGGUACUGGCAGCUGUGCUAGUUCAUGACGUUGAUCUCGCCCAGGCCACGGCAUCAUCUGGAAGAUAUGCGAAAAUUAAGGCCAGUGAGGUUGCGUUGAAGAACUUGGAGGGGUUGAGUGCGGAGGCAUUCAGACAGAAGUAUCAUUGCCAGUGCUCUCGAACUUUAUCUAAUGGAGCGGUGCCUCCUCUUCAAGAGGACAUUGGUUGCGCAAUUUGA